AUGUCCAGCAGCCCCCUGCCCGGCCCCGCCGACCUCCUCCUGGCCGCCCCGUCGGGGGCCUUCCCGGGGGACGCCUCGUCUUCCUCCUCCUCCUCCUCCUCCUCCUCGGUCCCGCGCGGGGUCCCGCCGUCGCAGGGCGGCAUGAAGCCGAACCAGGUGGGCCAGGUGAUCCUCUACGGCAUCCCGAUCGUCUCGCUGGUGAUCGACGGGCAGGAGCGGCUGUGCCUGGCGCAGAUCUCGAACACGCUGCUGAAGAGCUUCAGCUACAACGAGAUCCACAACCGUCGGGUGGCGCUGGGCAUCACGUGCGUGCAGUGCACCCCGGUGCAGCUGGAGAUCCUGCGGCGGGCCGGGGCCAUGCCCAUCUCGUCGCGGCGCUGCGGGAUGAUCACCAAGCGGGAGGCCGAGCGGCUGUGCAAGUCCUUCCUGGGCGAGAACCGCCCGCCCAAGCUGCCCGACAACUUCGCCUUCGACGUGUCGCACGAGUGCGCCUGGGGCUGCCGCGGGAGCUUCAUCCCGGCCCGCUACAACAGCUCGCGGGCCAAGUGCAUCAAGUGCAGCUACUGCAGCAUGUACUUCUCGCCCAACAAGUUCAUCUUCCACUCCCACCGCACCCCCGACGCCAAGUACACACAGCCCGACGCCGCCAACUUCAACUCCUGGCGGCGCCACCUCAAGCUGACCGACAAGGCCCCGCAGGACGAGCUGGUCUUCGCCUGGGAGGACGUCAAGGCCAUGUUCAACGGCGGCAGCCGCAAGAGGGCCCUCCCGUCCCACCCCUCGCACCACCACCAGGGCUCGGGCGGCGGAGGGGGCGCCGCGGGGCACUGCCACCCGCUGGGCGCCGUCAAGGCGGCCGUGGUGGGCGUCGGGGGAGGCCUCCUCGGCCCCCACCUCCUGGGGGGCCCGCCGCCCCCUCCCCCUCCUCCUCCUCCUCUGCCCACCUGCCCCGCGAAAGGAGCGAGCAGCGGGGGGAACAGCCCGACUCAACACCAUCCAUCAGCCGAGGAGCAGCCGCAGCCCCCUUACAAAGAUAUUCAGAAGAACAAGGAAGGGCCCCAGGUCGUCGUAUCCGCGAAGGAAGACACUUUCGCAGAUAAGAAUAAGGAGCACAGCUUUUUCAUCACGGAGGCCGACCACCCGGGAGGCGAUUUCUGGAGGAACAUAGCAGGCGAACCCAUACAGGAAACCAGUUCACCUCAUUCUCUGAAGAAAGAUGUCGAAAACAUGGGCAAAGAAGAACUCCAGAAGGUCUUGUUUGAGCAGAUAGAUCUGAGAAGAAGGUUGGAGCAGGAGUUCCAGGUCCUAAAAGGCACCGCGUCCUUCCCGGUUUUCAAUAACUUUCAAGACCAGAUGAAGCGGGAACUGGCCUACAGAGAAGAAAUGGUUCAGCAAUUACAGAUCAUCCCCUAUGCAGCAAGCUUGAUCAGGAAAGAGAAACUGGGCACGCAUCUCAGCAAAAGCUAA